AUGUUCCAAGUAUCAUUGAGCCAGGAGAGUGUGCAGGCUCAGUCAACCUACCUGUGUUUGGACUGUGGAAAAAAUGUGUAAAUAUUUGGCCUCAAGGCAGAAUGCAAAAGUAUGUUUAGCCACUAGAUUGGUCUACAUUUGCCCAAUAUUUCCGUCUUUAACCCCUUCUUUACUUUGUAAAUAAGCAUAUCUGCUUUCUAUCCAAUAUGCUGCCAAUGGGUUUUUUCCCUUCUUUUUUUUUCCAAUUGUAUAUAUCCCACUAUUGUUUUCGUAUCUGAUAGGCAUCUUCCAACUCCCCACUAAGGGUGUUGCCUCUUCCUUCUCUGGCAAAGUCUCUUCCCUCUCUUGUUCUAAUCCAGUCCAUUCUCAUGGGUCCAUCCAUUGUUGCUUAAGUUUGUCUCACAUUAAGCAUCAAUCUAGUGUGUCAUUAAGAGCAGGACCAUACAAUGUCAUUAGUAAGCUUUUUUAGAAAGAAGAUUGAUCGGCAGCAGGGAGUUUAGCUUCAUAAGAAUUUAUUAACUGACAUAUUUCAACUCUUGGCUUUUCUCUUUCUACUUAUGCAGACUAUCUAAUAAUAAUCUUGAUAUUUAUGUCUUUACCAUGCUGACAAACUACUUGAUGCGUAAAUCUUUACCACGUAUUGAUAGUUGCAAAAUUACUCAUCAUUCGUUGCUUAUAUAUGCAGGGAAAAGGGCAACAAAGGUUUGUCCGCUGAAGGCUAAUUUCUGGGAUUCCAUCAGAUCUGGGUAACGGAAAUGUAUAGUACAUUUGCAUUAAAAGGGCAACUGAUGCCAUAUUGUGGACUCAAGCAUGCUUUCCAAUUUAUGUAUACAAUAUCUUCGUAUGUUCCUUUUUUCCUGAAGAAAUAAUAGACCCACUUUGUCUUACAAGAAUUUCAUCGGAAUAUAUCUGGUUAAAGUAUGAGCUUAAACUAGUCACUAAACAAAAGGUAAAAGAAAAGAAGAAAGAUGAAUACCCAUUAAGCAGUUAAGAACAAUUCAUGGGAGUCUGAAAGGAGUGGGGGCUAGCAGCGAGAUGUAAGCCCCUUGAGCUUAUUUAGCACAAUGGAAGGUUUCCUUAAACUAAAAAUUAAAAACAGAAGGAAAAUAUUUUUAGUAUCAUCAGAGGCAUAUUUUAAACAAUAUUAGUCAACAAAGAAAAAUGACAAAACAGAACUUUAGAAUUGCUUUAGUGCAGCAAAUGGGCAUCACAAAAAGAGAGUUCAUUUGGGUUGCUAAGAGCCAGAGCCUCAAGUUGUUUAGUAGUACUUAAAAAACAACCUACUUAGAAGAAACAAGUUCGAAUCUCUAGGUGGCAUUCAGGAUUUAAAUGAACAACUAUAGGAGAACAUUCUAUUUUCCAUGGCGAAGCUUUGAUUUCUAAUGCAGUCAUCCCUCACAUGUGGCUUUUGCUUAUGAUUGUGAAUCAACAAAUAAGCAAAAGCAUCUCAAUUGUCUGCGUUUGGCAAAACUUUCAUUUGUUCUAAAUUUCUGAAUGACAAGUUGAAUGGUAACAUCUGUUGGCAGAUAUCCAUAUUCUUUUCUUAUUUAAUUUAUACUGGAAUAAGGCCAAUGAAAGUAUCAAAUGCCCCAAACAGCUUUUAAUCCUUGCCUUCUUAACUACUUAUUGAAGGUCCAAACUUUCCAUGCAAUGCACCAGCCACAGGCAUUUGGCUCUCUUGAUUUGUAUCACAAUGUACUAGAAUAUCCUGCGUUCAGUCUUUAGAUGCUGAUUUCGCCUGGUUCAUCAUCAGUCUUCCUAUUUUCCUAAUGUUAUAUUGAGUCAUAUGUUCCAUUCUUGGAACGAACCGUGAGUUGACCAUAGCGUCUCAACAAUACUUCCAUGCUUCUGUUCUUGCAGCUUCUUGAAGAACAACAACACAACAGAAGUAAUCGAACCUCCCUCAACACCCCCUGAGGACGAGGAGCCUCUGCCACAAGAAUUCGUCCUCACUGAAAGGACCCAGCCGGAUGGAACAGUUGAGGAGAUUGUUUUCUCUUCAGGUGGUGAUGUGGACGUUUAUGAUCUUCAAGCAUUAUGUGAUAAGGUUAUAUUUCUGAGCUUAUUGAUCCCAAAGUCUGUAAUUGCCUUUCUAUUCCCUGCCAUUGAUGGUUCUAGACGAAAUCCACAGGUGGGUUGGCCUCGAAGGCCACCAUCAAAAGUAGCUACUGCUCUGAAGAACAGCUACAUGGUUGCCACUCUGCAUGCUAUAAACAGAUCAUCUGGCUCAGGUUCUUCCCCCCCAGUUCACUGUCUGAUCUCACAUGGCCUUGCCCUGUUCUUCAAGUGCAGAACUUUGCGUGACUCAUUUAUAUAACAGAGGGAAAUGAUCGGAAGCAGCUCAUUGGGAUGGCUCGUGCCACAUCCGAUCAUGCAUUCAACGCCACCAUUUGGGAUGUCCUCGUUGAUCCUUCAUACCAGGUAAAGCUACUCGAACUGCGCGGUAUUUUCUAAUAUCCUGAUUGAUGUGGGAAUGUUCCUUGUCUCAAUUCUAUUUUUGGCUGCAUCUCAUGGACAACACAAAUGAGGACCAGGAACUUUGGAAUUCAUGGCAAAACCUCAGUGCUCUCAAACGAGAGAGAGAGAGAGAGAGAGAGAGAGAGAGAGAGAGAGAGAGACGAUAAGUACAUAUUCUGUCUUCAUGGCAUCGUUUGAAACGUGUCUACAUGUUGCAGGGGCGGGGCCUUGGGAAAGCCCUCAUUGAGCAGAUGAUCAGGGCGUUGCUGCAGAGAGACAUCGGGAACAUAACAUUAUUUGCUGAUGAUAAAGGUACAGAUUCUGACCACUUCGUCUUCGUUCGUUGGGCAUGAGCUGGGUCUCCAUGAGGGGACUCCUUGGUGGGCAUUGCCCAGUUUCUCUCGCAUUUCCAUUUAUGGCAUCUAAUCAUUUUUCAGAGUUUUAGGUGGAAUCCAUGCAGUUCUCAAAGGUUUGAUCUUUCUGUCUCCUUGCCCAAUGCAGUGGUUGACUUUUACAGAAAUCUGGGUUUCGAGCCCGACCCCCAAGGAAUUAAAGGAAUGUUCUGGUACCCCAGAUACUGA